GCGGUGCGGCGAGGCUCACACACCAUGAUCACCGCCCCUAGGGACCGUCUUGCGGGCGCGCGGCACUCCCUAGCUCCCUGGUCCGCCUCAGCCCCCUCGGCAGCGCUCGGAGCCGGCUGCAGCACUUGAGCCGGCCCUCGCCGGAGGGUUUGGCGAAGCUCUGGGAGGCGCGCGGAGCGCAGGAGGGCGGAGAGGGUACUCCAGCGCUCGGGGGUCAGGCGGUCGGCCGGGGUCGCCGCUGGAGGGGCGUUUCCGAGGCGUGGAGGAGGAGGAGAUGCUGCUCCUCUUCUCCCCCUCCCCAGGCUCCUUCUUCAGCUCCUUCGGCCCACGCCCGCAGCCGCUUGGCGGGGAGGAGGUGGUGGCUCUCGGCGCCCGAGGCUGCUGCCGGCGGCCCGCCCCGACGCCGCGUCGGCUCAGCCCUUGCCUCGCGCUCCAGUAGCAGGACCAGGUCUCCGGACGAGCGGGUAAUAUGCAUGUGUCACUAGCUGAGGCCCUGGAGGUUCGGGGUGGACCUCUGCAGGAAGAAGAAAUAUGGGCUGUAUUAAAUCAAAGUGCUGAAAGUCUCCAAGAAUUAUUCAGAAAAGUAAGCAUAGCUGAUCCUGCUGCCCUUGGUUUCAUCAUUUCUCCAUGGUCUCUGCUGUUGCUGCCAUCUGGUAGUGUGUCAUUUACAGAUGAAAAUAUUUCCAAUCAGGAUCUUCGUGCAUUCACCGCACCAGAGGUUCUUCAAAAUCAGUCACUAACUUCUCUUUCAGAUAUUGAAAAGAUCCAUAUUUAUUCUCUUGGAAUGACAUUGUAUUGGGGGGCUGAUCACGAAGUACCCCAGAGCCAACCUAUCAAGCUUGGAGAUCAUCUCAACAGCAUCCUGCUUGGAAUGUGUGAAGAUGUUAUUUACGCUCGAGUUUCUGUUCGGACUGUUCUGGAUGCUUGCAGUGCCCAUAUUAGGAAUAGCAAUUGUGCACCUUCAUUUUCCUAUGUGAAGCAGUUGGUAAAACUGGUUCUGGGAAAUCUUUCUGGGACGGAUCAACUUUCCCGUAACAGUGAACAAAAGCCUGAUCGAAGCCAAGCUAUUCGAGACCGAUUGAGAGGGAAAGGAUUACCAACAGGAAGAAGCUCUACUUCUGAUGUACUAGACAUACACAAGUCUCCAUUCUCUCAUCAGACCUUUCUUAACAAAGGGCUUAGUAAAUCUUUGGGAUUCCUGUCCAUCAGAGACACACAAGAUGAGGAAGAUUAUUUCAAGGACAUUUCAUCAGAUAAUAAUUCUGGACACGAAGAUUCUGAAAAUGCCUGCUCCCCUUACCAGUUCAAAACUAGUGGCCCAGAAAAAAAAACUUUCCCUGGUAUUGAUGUGCCUCCCAAGAAGAAGAUUUGGGCUUCAUCCAUGGACUUGCUUUGCACAGCUGACAGAGACUUCUCUGGGGAAACUGGUGGAUUCCAGCAAUAUCUCCCUGAGGCAGUAACGGUGCGGACUUCAACUACUCCUAGAAAAAAGGAAGCAAGAUACUCAGAUGGAAGCAUAGCCUUGGAUAUCUUUGGCCCUCAGAAAGUGGAUCCAGCAUUUCACAUGCGAGAUUUGCCCACUUCCUCAGCAAUAUCAAGUGCUUUAGACCGAAUUCGAGAAAGACAAAAGAAACUUCAGGUUCUGAGAGAAGCCAUGAAUGUAGAAGAACCAAUUCGAAGAUAUAAAACUUACCACAGUGAUAUCUUUAGUACCUCCAGUGAAAGUCCAUCAAUCAUUUCCUCUGAAUCAGAUUUCCGACAAGUACGAAAAAGUGAAGCUUCCAAGAGGUUUGAAUCUAACAAUGGUCUCCCAGGGGUAGGUGAAAACCCAAGUCAAGGCCAGUCACAGAGACCAAGUAGACAAUAUGAAACACCCCUUGAAGGCAAUGUAGUUAAUCAAGAGAUUAUGCUAAAACGGCAAGAAGAAGAAAUGAUGCAGCUGCAAGCCAGAAUGGCCCUUAGACAGUCUCGGCUGAGCCUGUAUCCGGGAGACACAAUCAAAGCCUCUAUGCUUGACAUCAGCAGGGAUCCCUUAAGAGAAAUGGCCCUUGAAACAGCCAUGACCCAAAGAAAACUGAGGAAUUUCUUUGGCCCUGAGUUUGUGAAGAUGACGAUUGAGCCAUUUAUAUCUUUGGAUUUGCCACGGUCUAUCCUUGCCAAGAAAGGGAAGAAUGAAGAUAACCGAAGAAAAGUAAACAUAAUGCUUCUGAGUGGGCAGAGACUGGAACUGAUUUGUGAUACCAAAACUAUAUGUAAAGAUGUGUUUGAUAUGAUUGUGGCCCACAUCGGCUUAGUGGAACAUCAUUUGUUUGCUUUAGCUACCCUCAAAGAUAAUGAAUAUUUCUUUGUUGAUCCUGAUUUAAAAUUAACCAAAGUGGCCCCAGAGGGAUGGAAAGAAGAACCAAAGAAAAAGAGCAAAGCCGCUAUUAAUUUUACUUUGUUUUUCCGAAUUAAAUUUUUCAUGGAUGAUGUUAGUCUAAUACAACAUACCCUGACCUGUCAUCAGUAUUAUCUUCAGCUGCGAAAGGAUAUCUUGGAGGAGAGGAUGCAUUGUGAUGAUGAGACUUCUUUAUUACUGGCAUCCUUGGCUCUCCAGGCUGAAUAUGGAGAUUAUCAACCAGAGGUUCAUGGUGUGUCUUAUUUUAGACUGGAGCAUUAUUUGCCUCCCAGAGUGAUGGAGAAACUUGAUUUAUCCUAUGUUAAAGAAGAGUUACCAAAAUUGCAUAAUACCUACGUGGGAGCUUCUGAAAAAGAGACAGAGUUAGAAUUUUUAAAGGUCUGCCAAAGACUGACAGAAUAUGGAGUUCAUUUUCAUCGAGUGCACCCUGAGAAAAAGUCACAAACUGGAAUAUUGCUUGGAGUCUGUUCUAAAGGUGUCCUUGUGUUUGAGGUUCACAAUGGAGUUCGCACACUGGUCCUUCGCUUUCCAUGGAGGGAAACCAAGAAGAUUUCUUUUUCCAAAAAGAAAAUCACAUUGCAAAACACAUCAGAUGGCAUAAAACAUGCCUUCCAGACAGACAGCAGUAAGGUGUGCCAGUACCUGCUGCACCUCUGCUCUUCCCAGCAUAAGUUCCAGCUGCAGAUGCGAGCAAGACAGAGCAACCAGGACGCCCAGGAUAUUGAGAGAGCUUCGUUUAGGAGCCUGAAUCUCCAAGCAGAGUCCGUUAGAGGAUUUAAUAUGGGACGAGCAAUCAGCACUGGCAGUCUGGCCAGCAGCACCCUGAACAAACUUGCCGUUCGACCUCUGUCAGUUCAAGCUGAGAUUCUGAAGAGGCUCUCCUGCUCAGAGCUGUCGCUUUACCAGCCAUUGCAAAACAGUGCAAAAGAGAAGAGUGACAAAGCUUCAUGGGAGGAAAAGCCUAGAGGGAUGAGUAAAUCAUACCAUGAUCUCAGUCAGGCCUCUCUCUACCCUCAUCGGAAAAAUGUCAUUGUUAACAUGGAAUCCCCACCACAAAGCAUUGCGGAGUUGGUAGGAAAACCAUUACACCAGAUGGCAAGAUCUGAUACAGAAUCUUUGGCAGGAUUCACAAAACUUAAUAAUUCAAAGUCUGUUGCAAGUUUAAAUAGAAGUCCUGAAAGGAGGAAACAGGAAUCAGACUCCUCAUCCUUUGAAGACCCUGGUCAAGCAUAUGUUAUAGGAAUGACUUUGCAUAGUUCUGGAAAUUCUUCAUCCCAAGUACCCUUAAAAGAAAAUGAUGUGCUACACAAAAGAUGGAGCAUAGUAUCUUCACCAGAAAGGGAGAUCACCUUGGUGAACCUGAAAAAAGAUGCAAAGUAUGGCUUAGGAUUUCAAAUUAUUGGUGGGGAGAAGAUGGGAAGACUGGAUCUAGGUGUAUUUAUUAGUUCAAUCACCCCUGGGGGACCAGCUGACUUGGAUGGAUGCUUAAAGCCAGGAGACCGUUUGAUAUCUGUGAAUAGUGUUAGUCUCGAGGGGGUCAGCCACCAUGCUGCAAUUGAAAUUUUGCAAAAUGCACCUGAAGACGUGACACUUGUUAUCUCUCAGCCAAAAGAGAAGAUACCCAAAGGGCCUUCUACUCCUGUGCACAUUGCCAAUGGCAUGAAAAACUACAUGAAGAAAGCUUCCUUCCUUCAAGACAGUGCUAUAGAUUCUUCUGUAGAUCACUGCUGGCCACAUGGUACCGCAAGGCACAUCUCAGAGAGCUCCUUUGGGCUGUCUGGGGGCCUGCGGGAAGGAAGCCUGAGUUCUCAGGAUUCCAGGACUGAAAGCGCCAGCUUGUCCCAGAGCCAGGUCAAUGGUUUCUUUGCCAGCCCUGUAGGUGACCGAACCUGGCGGGAAUCACAGCACAGCAGCCCUUCCCCUUCCGUGAUAUCCAAGACCACUGAGAAGAAGAGGACUUCUACUGACAGUAAUCGAAGCAAAACUAAAAAAACAGGCACUUCUGAUGCAACAGAUUACUCUGACCGUGGAGAUUCAGACAUGGAUGAAGCUACUUAUUCCAGCAGUCAGGAUCAUCAUACACCAAAAAAGGAAUCUUCCUCCUCAAUGAAUACAUCCAACAAAAUGAAUUUUAAAACUUUUCCUUCAUCACCUCCUAAACCUGGAGAUAUCUUUGAGGUUGAACUGGCUAAAAAUGAUAACAGCUUGGGGAUAAGUGUCACGGUACUGUUUGACAAGGGAGGUGUGAAUACCAGUGUCCGACAUGGUGGCAUUUAUGUGAAAGCCGUUAUUCCCAAGGGAGCAGCUGAGUCCGAUGGUAGAAUUCACAAAGGUGAUCGUGUCCUUGCUGUCAACGGAGUUAGUCUGGAAGGAGCUACCCAUAAGCAAGCUGUGGAAACACUGAGAAAUACAGGACAGGUGGUUCAUCUGUUACUAGAAAAGGGGCAGUCUCCAGCAUCCAAAGAACAUGUCCCCAUGACCCCACAGUGCACCCUUCCAGAUCCAGAUGCCCAAGGUCAAGCCCCAGAAAAAAUGAAGAAAAUGACUCAUGUCAAAGACUACAGCUUUGUCACUGAAGAGAAUACGUUUGAGGUAAAAUUGUUUAAAAAUAGCUCAGGUCUAGGAUUCAGUUUUUCUCGAGACGACAGUCUGAUUCCUGAACAAAUGAAUGCCAGCAUCGUAAGGGUUAAAAAGCUCUUUCCUGGACAGCCAGCAGCAGAAAGUGGAAAAAUUGAUGUGGGAGAUGUUAUCUUGAAAGUGAAUGGAGCCUCCUUGAAAGGACUAUCUCAGCAGGAAGUCAUAUCUGCUCUCAGGGGAACAUCUCCAGAAGUAUCCUUGCUGCUCUGUAGACCUUCACCUGGUAUGCUACCGGAAAUUGACCCUGCUCUUUUGACCCCACUGCACUCUCCAGCACAAGUACUUCCAAACAACACCAAAGACUCCUCUCAACCAGCAUGUGUGGAGCAAGGCACCAGCUCAGAUGAAAAUGAAAUGUAUGACAAAAGCAAGAAACAAUGCACAUCCCCAUCCAGGAGAGACAGUUACAGUGACAGUAGUGGGAGUGGAGAAGACUUGGUGAAAGCUCCAGCAAAGAUACCAAAGAGGAGCUGGAGUUCAUCUUUGCAUCAGACUCUAAACAAUAUGGGAUCACAGGCACAAAGUCAACAUGAAACAUCUAAGAGUAAAGAAGAUGCCAUUUGUACCAUGUUUUACUAUCCUCAGAAAAUACCCAGUAAAGCAGAACUUGAGGACAGCAAUCCUCCUUCCCCUCUACCACCGGAUAUGACUCUUGGAGAAUCUGCUUCCACUAAUUCAAUGGAUAAAUAUCAUACAUAUCACAUUUCUGAACCAACUAGACAAGAAAGCUUGACAUCUUUGAAAAAUGACUUGGAAAACCACCUUGAAGACUUUGAGCUGGAAGUAGAACUCCUCAUUACCCUAAUUAAAUCAGAAAAAGGAAGCCUGGGUUUUACAGUAACCAAAGGCAGUCAGAGUAUUGGUUGUUAUGUUCAUGAUGUCAUUCAGGAUCCAGCCAAAAGUGAUGGAAGGCUAAGACCUGGGGACCGGCUCAUAAAGGUUAAUGAUACAGAUGUUACAAACAUGACUCACACAGAUGCAGUGAAUCUGCUCCGAGCUGCACCCAAGACAGUCAGAUUAGUUCUAGGACGAAUUCUAGAAUUACCCAGGAUGCCAGUGCUGCCUCAUUUGCUACCUGACAUUACAUUAACAUGCCACAAGGAGGAGUUGGGUUUUUCCUUAUCUGGAGGUCAUGACAGCCUUCAUCAAGUGCUAUAUAUUAGUGAUAUCAAUCCGAGGUCAGAUGCAGCCAUUGAGGGUAAUCUCCAGCUAUUAGACAUCAUCCACUAUGUGAACGGAGUCAGCACACAAGGAAUGACCUUGGAAGAAGCUAAGAGAGCAUUAGACAUGUCACUUCCUUCGGUGGUGCUGAAAGCAACAAGAGAUGGCCAUCCAGUGGUCCCAAGUUCUAAGAGGUCUGCUGUCUCAACUCCACAGUCAACCAAAGCCAAUGGUCAUCACCCUGUGGAGCCUUGCCACAAGCCUGCCCUCACUCCUAGUAAUUCAUUCUCCAAGGUUAAUGGGGAAGAAAUAAUUGAAGUUUUGUACCCUGAAGGAAAAUGUUCUACUUAUCAGAUGAAGGGAUCAGCAAAUUUGAUUCUCUCCAAAGAAUCUAAUGUACAAGAAGAUGAUAUCUAUGAUGAUCCUCAAGAAGCUGAAGUUAUUCAGUCUCUGCUGGAUGUUGUGGAUGAGGAAGCCCAGAAUCUUUUAAACCAAAAUAAUGCAGCAGGAGAUGCCUGUAUUUCAGGUUCAUUGAAAACCAAUGGGCAGUUAUCUGAAGGGAGAGCAGAAGAUAAAGACUGUGAUGGUUCACCAUUACCUGAAGAUUUUACAGAGUCUGUCAAAAUGAAUGGCUGUGAAGAAUAUUGUGAAGAAAAAGUAAAAAGUGAAAGGGACAAAACUGAAGAAAAUAUUACCACUGUGUUUUGUUGUCAUAGCUUGAUUCAAAAGUCACAAGAAAGGAAGCCUGAUGAUGAUGAUGAGAUAACAUGGGGAAGUGAUGAAUUGCCAAUAGAAACAACAAACCAUGAAGAUUCUGAUAAAGAUCAUCCCUUUCUGACAAAUGAGGAGCUUGCUGCACUCCCCAUCAUCAAAGUGCUUCCCUCUGGUAAAUACACUGGCACCAAGUUGAAAUCAGUCAUUCGAACAUUGCGAGGUUUAUUAGAUCAAGGAAUUCCUUCUAAGGAGCUGGAGAAUCUUCAAGAAUUAAAACCUUUGGAUCAGUGUCUAAUUGGACAAACUAAGGAAAACAGAAGAAAGAACCGAUAUAAAAAUAUACUUCCCUAUGAUGCUACAAGAGUGCCUCUUGGAGAUCAAGGUGGCUAUAUCAACGCCAGCUUCAUUAAGAUACCUGUGGGAAAAGAAGAGUUCAUUUACAUUGCCUGCCAAGGACCUCUCCCUACAACUGUUGGAGAUUUCUGGCAGAUGAUUUGGGAACAAAAAUCCACAGUGAUAGCCAUGAUGACCCAAGAAGUGGAAGGGGAAAAAAUCAAAUGCCAGCGCUAUUGGCCUAAUGUCCUAGGCCAAACAACAAUGGUCAGUGACAGGCUUCGGCUGGCUCUCGUGAGAAUGCAGCAGCUAAAGGGCUUUGUAGUAAGGGCAAUGGCCCUAGAAGAGAUUCAGACAGGAGAGAUACGACAUAUUUCUCAUCUGAAUUUCACUGCCUGGCCAGACCACGAUACACCUUCUCAGCCAGACGACUUGCUCACUUUUAUCUCUUACAUGAGACACAUUCAUAGAUCCGGCCCAAUCAUCACCCACUGCAGCGCUGGCAUUGGACGUUCAGGGACCCUGAUAUGUAUAGAUGUGGUCUUAGGAUUAAUCAGUCAAGAUCUUGAAUUUGACAUCUCUGACUUAGUACGCUGCAUGAGACUACAAAGACAUGGAAUGGUUCAGACAGAGGAUCAAUAUAUUUUCUGCUAUAAAGUCAUCCUUUAUGUGCUGACACGUCUUCAGGCUGAGGAAGAGCAAAAAGAACAGCCACAGCUUCUGAAAUAACAUGAAAAGAACGGCCUCCUGGAUGCUUUUUCAUCUUGCUCCCAGCCUCCAGCAGGUGUUCCUGUUCUCUGCUUAAAAUAAAGAUCACAGGGCAGCAAGUCCAUACAAUAUUAUUAUGCUUAUUCUCCUCUACCUUAGAGGGGCAUUCUUCACAACAAUAAAUAAUGUUGAAAUGCUGUAUUUUUACAGCUACUUUAACCUGUGAUAAUAAUUUAAAAAUUUUUAACACUAACUGAACAGUGCAGAUCUUAGGGAUGAUUAAGGCAGCCUUUGAUUAUAGUUGAUGUUACAAUGACAUGCCGAGUCUAUUUUUAAUGUACCAAUCUUGUUUAUAGCAAAAUUCUUUCCCAGUAUUUUAAUAGAGUUAUUUUAUAGGGGAUACUUGAAACCAGUAUUUAAGCUUUAAAUGACAGCAUAGAAAAGAAGUAGUAAAUGUUUACUGUAUCAGUUUCUAAUGUUUACUAUAUAGAAUUUCCUGUAAUAUAUUUAUAUACUUUUUCAUGAAAAUGGAGUUAUCAGAUACAUUUGUAACUGCAUUAUGUUUGUUAUGCAUCAUCUCACUUUGUAAAUAAAAAUACAUCUUAAAAAUACGAACAAGCCAAAGUGUGUGCAAAUUAAACAUUUUCAGCUGUGUGUUCUUUCUAUUUUUUUUAAGUAGGCUCCACCCCCAGUGUGGAGCCCAACUCAGGGCUUGAACUCACAACCCUGAGAUCAAUACCUGAGCUGAGCCCAAGAGUCGGACGCUUAACUGACUCAGCCACCCAGAUGCCCCUUCAGUGUGUUUUUUUUAUUUUAUUUUUUAUUUAAAUUCAAUUUAGUUAACAUAUGCUGUAUUAUUAGUUUCAGGGGUAGAACUUAGUGAUUCAUCAGUUGCAUAUAACACCCAGUGCUCAUUCCAUCAAGUGCCCUCCUUAAUGCCCGUCACCCAGUUACCCCACCCCCACCGCCCCUCAGUGUGUUACUUCUUAACAACACCCAGGCCCCUGGGGAAGCAAGAACUUUUGGACCCCGACUUCCCAUCUCCCCACUUGGUCCUAGUCGUGCCAGCCACAGGGCCCAAGAGUGUUGUUAGAAACCCUGGUAAACCGGGCGCCUGGGUGGCUCAGUAGUUAAGUGUCUGCCUUCAGCUCAGGUCAUGAUCCCAGGGUUCUGGGAUCGAGCCCCCCAUCGGGCUCCCUGCUCAGCGGGAGGCCUGCUUCUCCCUCUCCCACUCCCCCUGCUUGUGUUCUCUCUCUCGCUCUCUCUCUCUCUGUCAAAUAAAUAAAUAAAAUCUUUAAAAAAAAAAAGAAGAAAGAAAGAAACCCUGGUAAACCUUCAGGGUCUGACAUGAGGGUCCUGUACUGACCAACAGUAGCUAAGACAUUCAGUCUCCCUGCCUUCUGCCUCCGUGUGAGUACUGUGCCUGAUACAUAAAUCAGAAUACUUUCAAGUUCUAAUUGUAGUAAAGCUCAGAAUAUCUAACUGACAAGAGGUAAUCGAAAGAAAACACCACCACAUUUCCUGGCAGCUUAUAUUUGGUUCUGCCUGAAGGGAAAGAGAUCUGCCUCAAAGAGCCCGCAUCUGAGUCUCCGCCUCAGUCCUAAUUCCGCCAGCGGUUUCCCACUCCGCCACGAGUGAUGCCACGGCAAAACCCGGAAGGCUGCUUCAUUCGUCCUCAGGGGACUAACCACUCGGAACUGGUACAUUUGAAUCUCUGAUCUUACCCGAGUGCAACGACUUGCGGGACCCCAAUCCUGAGUAUCAGGCGCUGUUUGAGAGGGACGUCAGUAAAUGCACAGAGCCCCACAACCGUACAUUUGACUCCCCACCUGGUCCAAAGUAGCUUCAAAUCUGGCAAGAGAAGCAUCACCACCACCGCUCCUACUUCAAUCAGAACCGUUUUUAUAGAUUGCAUUGUAGCUGAACAUUUCAUUUGAAAAAAGGUCUCUUUUGCUUUAAAGGAUAUUUGGAAACGUCUGUUCUGAGCGUGUUGGAAUCCUGAGUCCUUGUUUUCCUGUCAUAAGCACAGGAAACCAGGCCAGCGGGGCGCUGGGAGCCAGUGUGCAGCUGGAGGUGAUUAGCUCUCAUCUGCAGUCAACAACAGGGAUGGGAGAGGGGAAAGCUGAAGGAGGAUCCUUUUUCUGGAAAGAAUGUAGCUAGGAAAUGGAAACUGUGGCAAGAAAAUGUGGUUUCAGUUUACGACCCCUGAAUGGAAACUUCAUUAUAGCAAACAUGUUACCACCCUCAUCUGGGACCUGGCUCCACUACCAUGGAAUGGAAUGAGACAUUGGCUAGGGCCACUCUGGUUAGAAAGUGCAUGGCACUUGCAUGGUAAGGCAGGCCACUGAGCCAGAGUGACACAUGGAGGUACUCAAAUGUCAAAUGAAUGGAUAAAUACAACAUGGUUCUUAACACACAUUAUAAGUACUAUAAAAUAUACACCAGAAGAUGUAACAGCUAAAAACAUAAUAGAAGCUCGUGUACCUAACAGUCCUGGCCAGGUGAACAGCUCGGCAAGAUAGCUCUCUUUCCAAUUUUCAGGAACCCAGGCUGAUGGAGGUUCUAUAAUCAACACACAAUUUCCAACGUCAUCCUGGGAAUUGUCUCUAUUCCCCCAGCCAGAAAGGGGAAAGAGCAUAGAGGACCACCUGUGGGGGAUUUUAUGAGCUGGGCAGGCAUAGAAGCAAAGCACAUCAUUGUCACUCAUUCCAUCAGCAAGAACUGGCCAAACGGUGCCCCUGAGUGCAAGGAAGCUGGGAAACGAGUUGGCCAAAACAGCUGUUUGCCCGUGACAACUCUGUGCUACAGAAGGGGAAGCAUAAAUCAUGAUGGACUCUAUUUCUAAAACUGAAGUGGUGUGUUGUAAAAGAAUGGCUUUUUUUUUUU